UAGAAAAUUGUAUAGAGCGCAUUGGCAUCGUAAACGUGUGCGAAAGCGUGUUUAUAACGGUAACGCUGUCAAGUUUUGUAAUUGUUAGCGAAUUUUUCUUUCUAAAAAUCGAAUUUGUGCCAACAAAUUGCAUUUUUAAGUGCGUUAGCAACGUAUUCAACGAUCAAGAAAGUUUUAAGUCGAACGUGGUCCAGAGACUGUAUAGUACUAUUUUCUAAAUGCAACACUAUUAACAGUCAGAAUGGCUGAUUGUCAAGAAUCUGAGAAAGUUGAUGACCCUAUGAAACAUUACAAAUUUGAUGGAAAGUCUUACACAUACAAGGAUCCUGCUACUAAUGUGGUAUACAGGUUUGAUCAAGAGAAAAAUGAAUGGGUAGUAAAAGAAACAUCGGAAACAGAUACCGAAAACUCGGAAGCUGAUACGGCCAAGACACAAGAGGGUGUAUUUGGAUUUGAAAAUGAUACCCACACAUAUACAGAUCCGAAUGACGGCAGUGUGUACUUCUGGGACAAAGAGAAAAAUGCUUGGUUCCCAAAGGUGGACGAUGACUUCAUGGCCAGGUAUCAAAUGAGUUAUGGCUUCACAGAACCAAGCGGGGCUGCAUCGACGCCCACAGAACAGCCCGAACAAUCGGCAAAAGCCGACAAAGAGAAGAAGAAAAUGGAAGCUAAAAGAAAAGCACAGGAGCCACCAACUUGGUUUGAGGUGGACGAAGCGCAUAAUACAGCUAUCUAUGUAUCCGGUCUUCCAUUGGACAUCACCAUGGAGGAACUUACAGAACUGUUCAACAAAUGUGGCCUCAUUGCACGAGAUGAAAAAGGAAAGAAUAGAAUCAAGUUGUACAAAGAUUCGAACGGACAGCCCAAGGGUGAUGCUCUGUGUAUCUACAUAAAAGUCGAGUCGGUGGAUUUAGCUUUGAAGCUACUGGACAACUCACAAAUAAGGGGCAAAGUGCUGUCGGUUCAGAGGGCGAAGUUUCAAAUGAAAGGGGACUCGUACGAUCCAGCCUUGAAGCCGAAGCGGAAAAAGAAGGACAAAGAACGACAGAAGAAGAUCCAUGAAAAAUUGUUCGAUUGGAGGCCAGAACGUCCUCUGGGCGAGCCACUUAAGCACGAAAGGGUGGUAAUUAUAAAGAAUCUGUUCUCGCCGGAGGAUUUCGACAAGGAGGUCGCGUUGCUGCUGGAAUAUCAGCAGGACAUCAGGUCCGAGUGCCUAAAAUGCGGGGAUGUCCGGAAAGUUAUCAUUUGCGAUAGACAUCCCGAAGGGGUUGCACAGGUGACAUUCCGAGAACCAGCGGAAGCUCAGGCUUGCGUGCAAUUAUUGAACGGGCGCUGGUUUAGCCAAAGAAAAAUAUCCGCUGAAAUCUGGGAUGGAAAGACGAAGUACAAUUUCAACAAAGGACAAGAAUCACGGAAACCGACGCAGAGAUUGAAGCCCGUAUUGCAAAAUGGGAUAAAUAUUUGGACGGAGAGGACGAAGAGCAAAAAGGAGAAUCGGGAAAGAAGGGGAAAAAAGGAAAAGUCGGGAAGGAGGAGGGACGGAAGCAAGGUGAGGAAACGCCGGAAACAAAGCCAGUAACGCCGCAUCAAACGACUGUGAAACCGGAAAACAAGGAGACAAAACAAGCGACGGAAAAUGUAAAAAUGCCUGGAACGACGCCGACAAAUCCCGAAAACUAGGGCCAGGCAACCGAACGAAAAUGAAACUACUAAAAGCAACAAAUGGAAACACUUUCAAGCAACCGUAACUGAGAAUAACGUUGGCGAUCACAAUUAGAUGUAUUUUUUCUAGAUUACAAGGUAACCGCUUGUAUCUCUUGUUGUUGAUCAUGCCAAUAUUAUGGCAUUAGUUACGUCGUAACAUUGUCGUUGCUCGAUCAGAAUAAAAAAAAUGACUUCGCUUGUAA